AACCAACUUAAUCGAUCUAUUUGUCAGGACUCAUCAAGGACACUGGUCAUGAUUCUAAAGAAUCAUUUUUAAGGCAAUCUUAACCAUCCCAUCUGUCUUGAAAAAUGGAUGGUUAUAAAAAUAAGGUCAAAUAAAUGAUCGAUUGCAUCAUUUAAUCAGUGCGAUUUUUGCAUCAUAACUCAAGUAAUGUGUUCUUCACUUAGUGGACAGUUUCGAUUGAUUGAUUGGACUUUCCAAGUGAACCGAUGCAACUAGGAGCAAUCUAAGUUAUAGUGUAGUGCUCUGACACCACUAGAGCAUUUCUCUUCAGAGAAAAAUAAAAAUAAAAAUACACAAACAGCCGCUGUUUUCUUGCUUUAUAGACUCUCGACCCUCGAGUCACCCAUUUCAAAAACCCCCAAGUCUCUCUCUCUCUCUCUCUCUCUCUCCAUGGACGUUUCCAUUCAUUUGAAUUCCAGGAUAGAUAGCCCACUAGCAAAACUUCCCAAGCCAUGUUCUCCGAAAAAACACAGCAAGAUCAACACCAUCGCAUGUAGAGCUCCCAGGUGGGCCAUCGGAAGUGGGACCAACUACUACAAAGUCCUUUCACUUGAUUCUGAGAAUGUGAGCGCUGAUGAAAUAAAGAAAGCUUACAGAAGCAUGGCUCUUCAAUACCAUCCUGAUGUCUGCCCUCCUUCUAGGAAAGAGGAGUCCACGCGCAUUUUCAUCGAGCUUCAGAAGGCUUACGAGACGCUCUCCGAUCCAAUCUUGCGUAACAGAUAUGAUUAUGAAUUGGGUUUGAUUGAUUCAAUGGGGAGAAGAAGGGGAAUAAACGAAGAGAGAUUGGGAUUUUCGAAGGAGGUGUUGGAAAAUCAGUUAUGUGAACUGAAAAGAAGAUCUAAUGAACGUAUGGAAAGGAAGAAGAAUGUCUAUAUGUAGGAAGAUAAAACUCAUUUCCCAUUGUUUUUGUUGCUUAAUUAGAACUAGUGACUGUUUAUAUCCAAAGUUUAUGUGUGAGUGUGGUGGAUCCAGAUCGUCUAUCUGGUAAGUCUGUGUCUGGAAUUUCUGAUCUUAGUUAUCAUCCAAGAGGACGGGAUCGUCUAUCGGUGUAGUUUUUUGU